GCGCGGGUGGAAAUUGGGGUCCGGAGAGGCGCAGUUUUAGGACGGAGGGAGUGAAAGCGAAGAUGCCGGUUCAUUCACGGGAAAAGAAGGAAAGUAACCACAAUGAUAUGGAGGUUGACUAUCCGGAAAAUGAAGGCACUAGUUCCGAAGAGGACGAUUCGGAUAGUUCCAGCGGGAGCGAAGAGGGAGACAGCUCGGAGAUGGAUGAUGAAGACUGUGAAAGACGCAGAAUGGAAUGUUUGGACGAAAUGUCUAACCUUGAAAAACAGUUUACAGAUCUCAAAGAUCAACUUUACAAGGAGAGGUUGAGCCAAGUGGAUGCCAAACUGCAGGAGGUAAUAGCAGGCAAAGCACCAGAAUAUCUGGAACCCCUUGCAAAUUUACAGGAAAACAUGCAGAUCAGAACUAAAGUGGCAGGAAUAUAUCGUGAGCUGUGCCUAGAGUCUGUGAAGAACAAACAUGACUGUGAAAUUCAAGCAGCACGCCAACACUGUGAGAGUGAAAAGCUGUUGCUUUAUGACACCGUUCAGAGUGAACUGGAAGAGAAAAUACGUAGACUGGAAGAAGAUCGCCACAGUAUUGAUAUUACCUCUGAGCUCUGGAAUGAUGAGUUACAGUCAAGGCGGAAAAGAAAGGACCCCUUUAGCCCAGAUAAGAAGAAAAAGCCAGUAGUUGUGUCUGGUCCAUAUAUAGUUUAUAUGUUACAAGACUUGGAUAUACUUGAAGACUGGACUACAAUAAGAAAGGCAAUGGCUUCAUUUGGACCUCACAGGGUAAAACCUGAAGUUACAGUCAAGAUGGAAAAACAUCAGCACAGUGCCAGAUCAGAAGAAGGUCGGCUGCAUUAUGAUGGAGAAUGGUAUGGUCGAGGACAGACAAUUUGCAUUGACAAGAAAGAUGAGUUUCCGACUAGUGCCGUUAUAACGACAAUAAACAGCGAUGAGGUUUGGUUUAAGAGACAAGAUGGCAGUAAAUCAAAGCUGUACAUCUCCCAGUUACAGAAAGGGAAAUACAGUAUCAAGCAUAUCUGAUUGAUACCAUCAUCUGCUACAGGCAGUGUCUCGCUGUGGCCCCUCUUGCAACAGGAACUGUGCCAUUUUAUGGAAUUCUAUGUAUUUAACUACCUUAAUUUCUUGUAUUUGCAAGUAUUACUGCAACUGUGUAAGUGAGUGCGUAAUGUGUAAUAUCAUGGCUAUAAGUAUGUGACUGCUUACAUGUGUACCUUGUCAAGGUAAUAAUCAGUGUGGAUAUUUAUAUACUGUUGGGUACAAUGUCUGAUACCUCCUGACCUCAUAGAUUGCCAAAACCACAUUAAAAUGGGCAGCCACAGUUAAUGCUUAAUAUAGGUUACAAGGCAUUGUGGCUUAAAGGGACACUAAGUGUGCAAUACUGUUUACAAAAACCUGCGAGCUCUUUUUUGGGGCAGGGAAACCGAAAAGUUUCCAUAGCAAACAUGGUAGAAGUUGAAUGAUUUAAGUACAGUAUUUCUACAGCAGGGUGGAAAAAGCCAUGUUUCCUCUGAAUAGUAUUCUCUCACAUGUUGCUACUUAUGGUGUGCAUAUCCCCAGGCUUCAUCUGUGCUGCUUGGAACUGCUGGAAACAUCUUAACUUUUUUUUUUUUUUUAAUUAAACCAGGAGCAAAACCUAAUCAUCUGAGAUGUGCCACUGCAUGUGAAGCUUUUAUAACUGUGACUAUGGCCAUUAUUCCUUUUUUGUUUCCCUAAUGUAAGCAUAUGUAUUUUAGCAUUAGUGUGUCCUUGUGUCAAAUAUCUAUCAGAUCAUAUUUUAAAACCCAUUUGGAGCGCGCACAGUUUUCAAAAAACUGAGCCAGUGACUGCUGUGUGCCACCAGGGAUGUUUUAUAUGCUCACAUGUUUCAGGUACUUAAUUAAAGGCAUAAAGCAUUCAGAUUGGGAGCCUUUCAUUGCAGUUCCCUGAUCCUCCAAAAAUAUUGGAUUCAGUAUGAGCUGAAAUGUCACCUUUUAAGUUUGUCCUUUUUAAAGGGAAAAUAAGCAAUGUUUUAUGUCAGUUUUCCUAUAUAUAGACACACAAUUGUGCUUUUUCUGCAUAUUGGCACUUAGAAAAUGAGUGAAAGCCACCAUGAUGUUAGUUUCAAAUAAGGAAUAUUUCGUAUGCCAAAACCGACAGCAAUGUGUUGGUGCUAACGCAUUGUUGCAGUUCAGUCUCUAUAGAACGUUUUAGCCAACCCUAGCAAACUGGCAAAUGCCACAUGUGUAUAAGAAAAGAAGGAAUGUUCUGUGAACAUAGGAAGCUUUUCAUUUACUAUCCCAUGAGCAGUAAAGUAAAAUAUAAACUCUCUAGUGUGUUGUUUUCCUUAAAUUCCUAUACCUAGCUUGUACAGGUAGUGAACCCGUUGCUAUACGCAGGACAUUCUGUGUUUAAAACAAACACAUAAAAAGAUAUUCUUGAUCUCUGGGAAAGCACAAGAUGCAUCCAUGAAUAAUAAAGCACAGACCAAACCAAACCAAACCACAAAAGGGGGCUUUUCUUUUAAAGGUGGCCAUACCCAGGCAGAUUUAACCUGCCGAUUUGAGUCCUUUAGACGGAUGUGGCAGAUUAUCUGCCAGUGUAUGGGGCCCCCUGAUGGGCAUCCCUGACCGCUAUCUAACUGAGAAUCGGACAGGUGUUGAUUGGGCAGGUUUGAUUUUCUCGUGUGAUCAGGGCCCGCAUGGGCUCAUUGAUGUGGUCUUCGGUCCAAUGGUGCCUAUGCCCGCUGUUGUAAUUCGAUCAUUUGGCCCUUUCUGGAUAAUGGGUUUUCAGAUAUUGUAUACUAUACCUGUACAAAACAAACUCAUUUUUAUAUUUAUCAUUAUUUGUGGUAUACUAUUUGAAAAACAAUACUCUUUAUGAAGGUGAAGUACCCCUUUGGGGGAUAUUAUUGACAGAAUAAAGCAUUUACAUGUACCUAAAA